UUAUAAAAAGCCAAAAAGACGGUUGUUUGUCAGACACAAGUCGAAGAUGAGGUCGAAUACAUUCUUUGUUGUGCUGGCCUUGGUGGUAGCCCUUGUUGCAGCCAAGGAGGACUUGCGGAGCGAACGCAGUGUUACUGCAGACAACCACCCUUACUCGAAGCUGUGUGAGAAAAAACCUGACAAAUUCAUUUGCGCCAACUGCAAGACCUUGGUCCAGUGUGUGAAGGGACAGGCCUUCACUCGCCACUGCAUUGAGGACCACUUCUGUUCGGAAAGGACCCAGUUUGGCGGUGCUGUCUGCUACCCAAAUGAACCUGUAAAUUGCACCUGCGUAACGGCCAACACGUUCCGAGUGGACCCCUACGACUCUCAGAGGUUCUUCUCUUGCAAGGAUGUGGGCUCCGUCCCCGAGAGCUACAAGUGCCAAGAUGGUAUGGUGUUCGAUGAAGCCUCGGCACAGUGCCAGACGGCAAGUGGCCUGCCUCCAUGCGUGAUGGCGGGUACCUUUGCCAACCCAAGCGACUGCACUGAAUACUACUCGUGCAUUAGCCUGCGCAGUGGAUGGCUGCAGAAGUCGUUCAUGUGCACCAGUGACAUGAUGUACAACGAACAAAAGGCUGCAUGUGAAGAUCCCUGCGUGUACCAGUUCGUCUGCCAGCAGGAGGGUCGAUACCCUGACCUUCUGAACAAGCAGAAUUACUUUGAAUGCUACACGCUUGGUGGCGUGUUACGGCAGAUGCGUUAUAGUUGCCCUGAGGGCUACAUGUGGGAGAUCAUAUCUCCAGGUGUGGGCAAGUGUGUGGAGGACCAUGGAGAUAGAGACUCUGACUCUGCCUUCGGUCAGUGCGAAAUUCCUAGCGGCUUCUGUUAAGGCUGGUAUUUAAUUCAUCGAGGUUAAUUUUGGUUAAAACGGUCUCACUUUAUAAGAUUGUGUAUAUGGAUAACUACCUGCUAAUCUUUUUUUGUUUAAUGUACAGAACAUUAACGUUAUCCAGUCACCAAAAGAGUGGAUUGGGGCCAGGCCUCUACUUCGAAGGGUCUUGAAUAAAACUACAAAUUUUA